AUGCAUGAGAGCAUGCUGGACGAGUGCAAACCAAUCGUGCUGGAGGGCGGCGUCCGCGUGGACUUCCCGCCGCCCACAAGGAAAGUGCAGCGCCUCCGGCGCCUGCGCACCCGCGGCGCGUCGCGGGGGCGCGGCGCACCCCGUGGGUCCGCCGGCGACCUCGGCGCGGCUGCAGACUGGGCCAGCGGCGCGCCCGGCACCUUCGCGGGCUCCUACAUGCUGCUCCCCGGGCUGUCCAGCGCGCAGGGCGGCGCGAGCCAGGACAUGGACGCCAUCCUUGCCAGCCCCCUCCUCGCCGGCUUGAGGCGCACAGCGGGCACGGGUGCGCCCACGGCGGCAGCCCAAGGCCAGCGGCGCGAGAGGGCGGAGAGGCCCAGGCAGCGGGAGGCCGAGCGGCUCCGCGAGGCCGCCACCACGCGCGCGGCGCUGCCCCGCAAGAGGGCCGCGUGGGCGGACCUGCAGGACGACCACCUCGACGGCAGCUGCAGCGAGUGCUCCACACGGGCGCCGGGCUCCUGCAGCGGCGCCCUCUCGUCGGACGGGUCCGGCGCGGCCUCCGACGGCCUGGCUGGCCGGCGGCGCGGCGCGGGCGGCUCGGAGCAGCAGCGGUGGUCGGGCUCGAUGCUCGCGCAGGGGCUGCUGCCGGUGGUGCUGGAGGCUGCCCGACCCGGCGCCUGA